AUGUUACCUGGCAGAGCUCCUGGCAGACCUGGCGAGCAUGGGGACAGGCAAGAGGAGCGUGUGGGGCACGUGUCCCAAGGACAGGGCAAAGAAAACAGAGAGUGCCUGGGGAUGAGUUACGUGACGGAGAGCCUCUCUUGGCCCCGCAGGCAGUUCUGGACGCAGUCUCCUAGUGAUAUGGAGUCCCCAAGCUCUGCCCUUCCACGCCAGGCAGCCAGGAUCUCGCGGCACAGAGCUGUGAGGAUGAGCGCUGCUCGUCUGCCAGUUUCACACAGUGGAGCUAAACUGUCACAGCACAGGCCAGAUGUGGCUGCUGCCCUGGCCGGCCCUCAGAAGCCAGCGGAGGAUCUGGCGGCUGUACCAAGGAAGGAGCUUAACCAUGUUCAAAGCGGUGGAGUUUCAGGCGAACCUCUGGAGAUGGAGCAGCUGCUCCCGAAGCAGGGUGCCACCGACUCCAGGGAGCAUCCUGCUGAUGUCCACGGCAGCCAGGCAGGAGAACGGAGACCCCAGAUGGGACAGGCAGGGGAUGGAUGGUGCGUGAUGAACUUGGCAGGAGCCUCCGAUGAUGCUUGGAAGGACAGAAGUGAGGAGCAGCCGGGUCAGCCAGCUGACUUGGACCAUGAAGAGUGGGAAGUUGUUUCGGAGCAGCUGGCCUGGGGGGAGGCUGGCAAGAACGGCAGCGUGGAAGACCCCGACAGCAAGGAAUGGGAACAAGGAGACUGCCCUGAUGGGGACUUGAAAGCCAAGAGAGUCGCAGCCGUGCCCCCCAUGUUUCAAAACAUCCACGUGACUUUCCGCGUACACUACAUCACGCACUCUGAUGCCCAGCUGAUUGGUGUUACUGGUGACCAUGAGUGUCUUGGGGAGUGGCACAGCUAUGUUCCCCUCAAGUACGACAAGGAUGGCUUCUGGUCUGAAUCCAUUAUCCUGCCUGUAGACACCAAAGUAGAGUGGAAAUUUAUCUUGGUGGAGAAUGGGAAGGUCAGACGUUGGGAAGAAUGCGGUAAUAGGACCCUAGUGACUGAACACGAAGAUCAAAUUGUUCAUCAGUGGUGGGGAUACCAUUAA